AUGUCUCGUGUGGUUCUUAAUGCUGUUGUAGCCAGCCGUCCGGGCAGGGAACUCGCACGUGAUUUACUUCACCCAACUCUCGCGGAGGAGAAGAGGAAAUGCAAGUUGAAGCGUUUGGUGCCUUCACCAAAUUCAUACUUCAUGGAUGUCAAAUGUGCGGACUGUAUGAAGAUUCAGGUGGUCUUUAGCCACGCGCAAACCCCCGUAGUUUGUCCUGGCUGUGACAGAAUCCUCUGCACUCCCACUGGCGGCAAGGCCAAACUCACUUUUGGCUGCAAAUUCAGGAUAAAGAAUCGCUAG